AGGGUUCACCUUCGCGGCGCUCGCGUAACACGGCUAAGCGUCCCGAGCAUGUGACUGGGUGGCAACGGAGCUUGUUUACGGGAAGGAGCAGGGAAAGGCAGCCAAAUGGGGUUGCGCUCGGGGCGGGAGAGGGGCAGCGAUCGAUCAGUACGAGCUUCUGCACGGGGCCAGCAUUUGGUAUUCGGGAAGCUACGAUGUCAACUUUUCCUACCGGUCAGUAGGAACACUAGUAUCAAUAAUAAAGCAAGCGGAUGCAAAGAGUACAUGAUCAUGGAUACAUAACAUGUGGUGGUCGGUCUCCGUAAAAGGCAAUGGAUUGAAAAGUCCAUCUCGUGACGCAUUUAUUUAUUUAAAUAGACUGUACAGUUGUGAUCGAAGCGAGAAAUGGGUCCAGCAAGGCUGGGAACUUUCACUUCAGUAGCAGCUGAAGAGAAAGGGAAAGGAGAUGCCGAUUUCGUAUAGCGGCGAAAGACGAAAUGUCACUGCGUGUUGUGUUUGUAGUAUGGUUUUUAGUAUACUAUAACGGAUCGCUGAAAAACAGCCGCCCGGCCGGGAUCGGUACCUACGGUUCAUGUCAACUGUAAAAAAGAAAAGCAGAGCGCAGAAAAUCUCUGGAGCGCUGCCAGUGCGGUGCUUUCUGUUUACUGGGCACGUCAUUGAUUUUGAGACCACCGUCCAAAUAGUCAAUAGAAGAGUAUUUUUAACCUGUUCCCUUUCUCCUUGGCCGUCUUCUUUUCAUUUUAAUAAUGUGAAUCGCGUGGGUUGGGCGUUUUAUGCUGAAUCACUGUGAGUUUGGCAGUUAUUCCUACAGACUUUGGUUUUUAAAACACACCUCUCACUUCUGCUUCGAGGUGCCCCGCCUCCGUUUUCCGAUGGCACUGCCCUCCUCUUCGGAGCGACUCGGGAAACAUCGACCAGCCUUGUCGCCUGCCUGUCGAUUUGGCGACUUGCAGCCCACCCGGACGGCGGGGGUCCUGCGCGUAGGUCGUUGGAAAACUGACGAAAGGCGUCGUGGUGGUGCUGAGUCAUUAUCUGUUCAGAACCGGCUUCUCUCAUUCUCUCUCUCUCUCUGUUUUUUUUUUCCAUUUGUGAAGUCAACUUUGAAGCCGCCCACCAAACAUUGCCUCGUGUGCAUGGAUAAAAAGAACGGCAAUUAUUUUAUACGUGGGAAAACUGCAGGGCGUUGAAACGUUUAAAAUUAGCGCACGCGGAGCCGAGGCUGGCGGCAGCCAAUCCUGGACGGGACGGCACGGCAGUUGAGUGUUUUGCAAGAUUAAUUAGAAACAGCUUGCAUUUCUUUUAAAGAAAGGAAGAAUUGCACAAUACUGCAUGUUGUCAGCAUAUAUCCUUGGGGGUUUAGAUCGUGUAAAGUAAAUAAACGUAUUGGGACAGCAGACGCAAGCAACGAAAAAUGUCUAGCGACAGCAGAUCCAGCAAAGCACUACAGGUGAAGAGCGAGUCUGGGGAGAACGUACCCAUCCUUUCAGAUGAUCAGCUGAUGUCCCUGACUGUACGAGAGCUGAACCACCACUUGCGGGGCUUGUCGAAAGAGGAGGUCCUGCGGCUAAAGCAGCGUCGUCGUACUCUAAAGAAUCGAGGCUACGCAGCAAGCUGUCGGGUGAAGCGGGUCUCCCAGAAGGAAGCGCUGGAGCAGCAGAAGCAGGAACUGCAGCAUGAGGUGCAGCGGCUCAGCUGGGAGAAUGCCAGUAUGCGCCAGGAGCUAGAUGACCUCAACGCCCGAUUUGAAGCCCUGCAGAGGUUUGCACGCUCUGUGGCACACGGGCCAGUUACGCCACAUAAAGUGAACAGCACCAGUGUCAUCACCAUUGUCAAGUCAGGAGUGCAGCAGAACUCUUAGGAUGAGAUGACAAAUGUGGGCUUGGGGAAGGGGUGGGUGGGGUGACCAGAAGAGAAAGUGUGAAUGAGAGGAAUCUCCAUGGCAAGGUGUUUCCAGGUAGUGGUUGAACACACUGUACUAGACGUUGCUAGCCAAGUAAAUGGCAUUUUUUUGGCUACAGAAAGUGAAUGCACUUCCUUAGCUUAUCCUAUGAAUGUUUUCCCUCUGUUAGAAAGCUCUUCCCACCCAAGCAAUACUUCAUUUGGCUGAAUUGCCCCAGAUAUUUUUGAAAGAAUUGUUAAGGACUUGUGGGAUUACAAAGUGACGUUUAAUGACUAAAAUGGCAACUGUAUUCUAGCCAUCCUACACAAAAUGAACUAUAACUAAUCCAGAGAAAGACAAGAUGCCAUCUGCUGUAGGAAAACAAUGACAAAGGGAUGUGAGUAAAAGUGCCAGGUCUGUUUUGAAAAGGCUUGGCAAACGCUCCCUGCUGUAUCGGCUUUGCCUUUAGACAAUAGAGGGUGUCUGUCUUUAGCAUUAUGAGAUCAGUUCUUGUGUGUCUGUUUGUGACAAAAAACUGUGCAGCCUUAGAAUCUAGACAGUUGUGCCGAGUUGUUGUGAACAUUCUUACAGUGCAUUACGUUGUGCAACAAACAGGAAUCACUAUUGCCAAGAAGCAGGUAUCCAUUUUACUGUCCCUUAUCUGCUGUUCAAACUUGUACUGCUAGGUUAAUCAAUAGUCAACGCUAAAUUGGCUUAUUGUGAGCGGCAAGGUUUUUUACCCUCUAUGACAAAUACAAUUUGUAAUAGGGCUGCUUUAAUUGUCAUAUUCAUUUAUAUUGCAAUAAAUAUGGUAAUACCGAAUGUAGGCACAUUUAGCUCUUUGAGGUUCAGGCUGAUUAUCAGAAAGAAAACAGAACACAACUACUUUACAAAUUCUUCUUAUAUUUUGUGCACUUUGACUCAUUUUAAAUGAUUUAUGAAAAUAUUAAAAAUGUCUGAAUGAAAACCUAAUCAAUUCUACCAAACGUUUCAGGUUGAAAGUAAAGCCCUUAAAGAUGCAACAAAUGAUGCACACAAGACGUUCUAAAUUUCUGAAGGUAAACAUGCCCACUACUUCCCAGCACUCUCAGUGAGAUGUUGCCCUAUACCAUAUUUUCUAACACAAACCUUUGACUAUAUUUACAUUUUCAGCCAAUUUGGAUUCCUUGUCACAUACAAGACUGGUCUAUUAUUUUUCUGUACCCAAUUCAGACUGAUGAGGUCUGAAGCCUAUCUUAGAAACUUCAGAUGCAAGGCAGAAGCCAGGUCUGGCCAGGGUGCCAGUCCAUUAUGGGGCCAAUUUACAAUCACCAAUUAAAAGCCACUGUUUCAUUAAGUUCUCUUUAACACACACUAAGUCUAAUUAAGAAUCAGAAAUGCCAUCAUUUUAGUACACUCAAAUUAUUAAUGAUUGUGGAGUCAAAUGUGAAGAAACACACAGUUCAACUGAACAAACACAGGAGAGAAUGUCAUUAAUGUGCAAGAUUAAGAUACUAAAAUAAAUUCCAACCAAGUGACUUUCACUGGCUAAAAUGACACAUUUUGACACACUUAACAAACUACUUUUUAUAAAAAAUAAUAAAAAAAGUUUUCAUAGCUUUAUGAUUGAACUCAUUUUUGAGACUGAAAGAUGUGGCUCAAAAGGCCUGGCAUGAGUUAAAGAACAGAAUGCCAUGCACUGUUUCUCUGCCUCUAACUAAUGUAAUUUAACUUUCAAUCAUGCUAUACUGGAGUGGCAAGAAGAAAUAAAAUCCCUAAAUACCCCUUUAGAAAACAAUUCACACAAACAACAGUGCCAUUACGUAAUCCAGCAAGGCUCUGCUGACCCCUGCUGGUCAAUCCAGUGUGUUCAUCACCUCUCAGAGAUGAGCUGGAGAUUCCUCAGCCCCGGUGUGUAUGAGUAUCUGUGUUCCUCUGUCGGCCAACUUUGCUAGAAAGUGAAGAUGCAUCGGCGGUGGUGGAUACGUUAACGGCAUCAACGUCAGUUCAUUUUAGACUGGACUAGGGUGCAAGUGUUAGAUGUUUAUCCAACUCAUCCUCCCAAACCACUGCCCCAAACAGGGGAAAAAAAAAAUGUGGAUUAACAUUGCUGUCCUUGGUCCUUUCCUUUUAAGUGAGGGGAGGCCCAUUUUGUUCUGUGCGUGUUUUUUCAAUUUAUUUUUUUUAAUUUCUAUUUUUAUAAAUGGACAAUUUGUGAAUACAAGAUGAUUUUAGCACUAAAGCAAACUCUCUGUAACAGAUGAUCUAAAACCCACAACACCUUUAUCAUUCAAUAGCAGGUAGAUGGUUGUUACUUAUAAAAUAAGACAUUAUUUAUUAUAUAAAUCCGAGUCUAUGGCAUUAAAGGAUAAAAAUGAUCUUUCUGGAUACAGCAGUUUCUUCAUCAUAUUAAUUCCUAGUAAGGUGUUUUGCAUUGAGGUUCUUUCAUUUUAAUUAUUUGUAGAGAAUCAUCCUGGUUUUUAUUUGUAGUUUGCUGUGCAAAAGAAGAAAAAAAAAAAAAGACGAAAAAAAGUUUCGAUUCUGAUGCAGCUUGUGCCGUAUGCUAUUUGUGCUUCUGGCGCUUUGAAGCCUCACAAUCGUUUUACAGUAAGAUUUAGAACUUUUUGGUUUCUGUUUUUUGACGAGGCCGAUUAGACAUCGGUAGCAGGAAGCCCUUAAAAACGGUAAAACAUUUAUAUAUAUUUAUGUACAGAGGGAAAUUUAAAAUAUUUAUAGACUUGCUUCUACAAAGAGCACUUGCAACCAAUGGCAGAUUAGGUUUGGGCGCAGAAUGAACGUUUCAAAUGUUCCACUGGGCCCUUAUGAGUUCUCGAGGUAACUGCUCAUUUUGCCGGUGCUCAAUUUUUUUAGCGGUUUGUGUUUUUUUUUUUUUUUGCAUCUAUUCGAGUUACUUUUGUGCUGCUCUUCUCAAAUGUUAUCAGUUGCCAUUCCUUUUGAAAGGUGUUAAAAUAGACAUUUUCUUGUAGUAGGUGAUGAUUUAAUUUUGUUGAUGGCAUUUGUGCAGAGAACUACCCAGAAGUUUAGUACAAUUUCUUGGGAUGUGCAUGGUUUGAAGUUGGGUGUUGUUGUAUGAAGGUUGAGGUAAGUGAAGUGAUGGUAGAGAGGAUGAUGGGAGAGAUGAAGAAUAAGGUGGGCUUAGUUAAGGAAGUGGCCACAAAGUGUUUUAGAUACAGGGAAUCAAAAGGACACUGGAAAGGGGGUUUCAGACUCUGUCUUUGGUAAGGCUUAGACACACAUACAUACGUAUAUAUAUAUAUAAUUUCUUUUUUUUUUUUUUUGGAAAAGUCUCAUUUUUGGGAUAGCAUAAACACGUUUUGAUCAAAAUCUGUCAGCAGAGGACGCAACAAUCAGCUCAAAUAAUUGCCUAAAACCCGAUGCAGUUUUAGGAAGGUGACAUUCACUUAUACAACAAGGGUCUCGGGGUAGGUGCUGCUGUUUCAAACUUUCACCACUUGGUGGCACUCCUUCGGUAUUUGGCUGUAAGUUGCAUGCAAACUGCCAGUCAGUUCAAUUUAUUGUCACUGUAGUUACAGCACAAUGAAAUGUAGGGUUGAGGUGGGAGAAACAUGAAGCAACAAUAGCAUACAAUUUUUAGACCCCCUCACUUGUGGCUGCAUUACAUACCCAUGCUGCGCUACUCGCCAUAUUCAUCUGGUAGGUUUUAUUUAUUAUUAAAUGUCUAGAGCUGUUAAUACCACCUUGGGUUUCUGAUGUAAACAAGCCCGGUCUGCUUAAAUGUUGAAAUCUUGCCAUUGAGUUCAGCAUAGGAAAUCUUUCUAGUUUCCUUUUGAAUAGUCUGUUUUCUGAAGAUUCUUUUUAUUAACGUUAAAUUAAUUGAUUUUUUUUUCAAUGUAAUGAAUUUAUUUUCUUAUCUUGAUCUUAUCACCAGUUGUUAUGUAUAUGUUUAUGUCUAUCAGGUGUUCACAACAUACAUAAUAUAUUAUAUCUAGAGAACUAUAUAUAGAGAGUUAAAAUAAAAAAAGUGGAACAGCAAUAAGGAGCAAAGGCCUACAGACCGGUGGUAUCAAAUACACUUCUAUUUAGUCAAAAAUGUCAGCCCAGCCCAGGAAGCUUUUUUAACAGCUUUUGUUUAAUAUAUUUGUGUACCUUUUUGUUUUGAUUCUUAUUUAAAGGAUUGGACAGUACUGGAAAAGGAAAAACAAACAAAAAAAAAAGAUAAAA